UACGCACUGUCUCUCCCGCUCUCAGCGCGCGCGCUCCACCACAGUUCUGCCUCAGCUCUCCUGUCAUCAUCGCAAACAAAGACAGCCUUCGGGGUAGUUGGCGCGGCGGUUUCAGAGCGCUAAAAAGUACUUGAGAAUCAACAGAACAUUUGGGAUUGAGAUCAACAGCUGUCACGGUGGACUUUACAAAACAUCUGCGCUCUCAAUUCACCUCUUUUAAAAUGCAAACCUCUCCGAAUGGCUUUGUUGACCAGUGUGGAUUUCUGCCCUGCUGUCGGUGGUAGUACCAAGUCGUUUCUCUGUCUCAGUUUGCCCUCCGAAGGAAGCCUCCAGGAGAAUACAGAAUGAAAUGGACAGUCUUGCUGUUAGAAUACUUCUUGGUCAAAGUUCUGGUGCUGUUGUGCAGCGCGGUCGGGGAAGCGCAGCAGCAGCAGCUCGAGGGCUUUAUAAUGCUCUCUGGAUCCAAUGGGUCCCGGGAUGAGGAGAGCGUUUCUGAACCUCCACACACCGAGGACAAAUGCCGGGGUUACUAUGAUGUCAUGGGACAAUGGGACCCGCCGUUCGUUUGCCAAACUGGCAAUUAUUUAUACUGUUGCGGCACUUGUGGCUUCAGAUUUUGCUGCGCUUAUAAAAACUCUCGUUUGGAUCAGAGCACCUGCAAAAAUUACGAUACACCAGUAUGGCUAACAGGACAGCCACCAUAUAAGAAAACCCUAGACCCUAGACACGAUCCAACCAAGGAUAAAACAAACUUGAUUGUGUAUAUAAUAUGUGGAGUAGUGGCAAUCAUGGCACUGGUCGGGAUAUUUACCAAACUUGGACUAGAAAAGGCGCACAGACCUCACAGAGAAAGCAUGUCUCGAGCUGUCGCGAGCGUCAUGCAAGGUGCCCGUCAGGGUCAGCACGAGGAGGCCAUCGGAAUGCACACACAGCAUUAUGACACGGUGCAGGCGAGAGCAAACAACAUGCAAGGCGGCCAGAUAAACAACAUGAUGCAAACGCACCCGUAUCCAGCCCUCAGCCAGCUGUCCCAUGUCUAUGAGCAACAGCAAUCAGCUAAAGAGCUCAACAAAUAUGCCUCACUGAAGGCUGUGGGUAAGGAUGUAUGCUCAAAAGGAUCAUUUUUAGCAUGUCUCGUGUGGAUCUUUCCUGUGCAAAACUCAUGAAUUAUUCCUCUUAUUGAACAUAGCAUUUACAGCAGAAUAUUUUACAAAUGAUUAAUAAAUCCCAGAAUGAGAGGCAUCGAGAGCUGUUUUAUCACUAGAUUUGCACUGAAGAGGAGUCACCGUACUUCAAAACAGUUGACCUGCAUGCGGUUGAGAGCUUUAAAAAAUAUCUUCUCAGCAAAACUGAACGUAUGCAUAUAUAUGUGUUUAUUUGCAAAAACAGAUAACUCCAUUUAUCUACAGUCUCAAAAAUAUAUAUUUUUUAACUCAUUCUAUAUUAUGACUGGUGUUCAAGAAACAUUUCUUAAUUUUGUCAAAGUAAAAUGCUGUGCUUAAUAUUUUUAUGUGGCAAUACAAAGAACAAAAUGUUUUUGAAAUAGAAAUAGAAAUUUUGUCUAUACUUUGAAAUAACUGUCUUUAGUAUGGAAGCCCGUUUCCGGCACUGAACAAAAAAAUGAAAAAGCUGCGACUUUCUCUCACAAAUCUGUCUUUCUUUUAAUUUGGGAGAUAAACUAGUAUUUGUGGGUUAUGAAGUCAGAAUUGUGAAAUAUAAACACGCAUUUCUGAGAAAUAAACUUGCAAGAUAUAACGUCAGAAAUGUGUGAUAUAAAAUUUGCAGUUCGAAUUGUGUGAUAAAAAUUCUGAGAAAAAUUGUGAGAUAAAACCUUUUUUUUUAUUCAGUGGCGGAAACAGUCUUACUUUUCUGCCAUUAUUAAUAAAAAUAAAAUAAUACUAACUCCAAACUUAUCUUUACAACCCACUUACAUUAAACAUGAAGAUUUGGAUGAAAUAUACCAUAUGAGAUCAUCGCACUAAGAAAAACUCACCCUCUGGCGUCAUAGUUAUUUUUUCUUAUUUAAUUGCCUCCAUGAAAAUUCUCAAAGGUACAGAAUUGUUAAAGCUGAUAAGUCCCAAUUCUGCAGAUCAAUACUUCUCUCUCGGUCCCCAAACACAUCUCUAAGGUCACAGAAUUGGAUUUCCACCCGACAUAGAGAAGUGGAGCGUCUAAUAAAGGCCUCUACCAGAAUAUCCUCCCACCAAAACCCUUUGAGAUCCCGAUGGCGCUAACUCCAUGCGUGCAGUCGCGAGCCGAUAGAUAUUUGAACUCUGUCCGGGGGCACUCGUUACAAAACCACGAUUCAUCUUGAUUAUGGCUCUUGAGGACGUGCACAGUUGAGCGCUGUAAUUGAUUCACUCGUCUGUUGUGAUGAUCCGUGUAUCUGAUAUAGCGAGCGGCGCGACAGUGGAAAAAUGUCCACUGUGCAUGACGUCUUCGUCUUCUCCCACAGGAGCGGAUGAGCGAUAAAUAAGAUUUAUUAUCACACUGAAGACCAAACUCGUUUUAAGCGUGAAAAGUUUAUCUUCAAGGUCGUCAAAGCAGCCGACCAUCAAAAGCAGACUGAGGAAGUCACACUAGGACGCCUGGUACUCUAAGAGUAAUGAUUCCUUUACAAACAUGAAUCACCUGGUAAAAAGACGAAUCUCCCAAAGCGAAGUGACAAGCCAAACUGACCACAGAUUGAAAACCUUAACUGCUUAGUUAUUUCUGAAGGAAAGGUGGGUCCCUGACCUUACUAUUGCGCUACGUACCAGCUGUUCUUAUUGUGAACAGUUCAGCCAUGCAUAUUUUUAUUGUUAUUUUUUAAAUUUAAAUUCACAUUUAGUCAUUUAGCAGAUGCUUUUAUCCAAAGUGACUUACUAAUGAGGACAAUAGAAGCAAUAAAACUACCAUGAGAGCAACAAUGUGGAAGUGCUGUGACUAAUGCAGUACAUAUACCAUGUUUAAAAGAAAAAUAAAUAAAUAAAUAAAAAGAAACCAAGAGAGAAUAGAAAAGGAAUACUAGUGCUGAUCAAUGUUUUAUAUAAUAAAGUAUAAAGAAGAAUAGAGAAUGCUAGUGUUCCCUGUAUAGUGAAAAAUAAAUAUACCUAAAUGUAUUUAUUUCAUGCUAAGUAUACAGUACUACAAAUGCAUUUACAUAUGUAUGUACUUAAAGGAAUAGUACGUGUAUAUGACUUUCUUCUUUCAGACGAACACAGCCUGAGUUUUUAAAAAAUGUAACCUGGCUCUUCUGAGCUUGGUAAUGGAUAGCGGCCAUUAUAUUGAAGCUCAGUAAAUCAGGUAUAUAUCCGCAAGUACUGCAUCAUAAAAUUUACCUUUAUGUCUUCAGGGGGUUUUAACAUAUCCUCCCUUGAUAAAGGGAGUGAGGUGCCAAACGUUACCUUGACAACGCUGCUCUCCAACAGUUGCAAAUAAAUAUUACUUCUCAUUAUUAUUAUUUUAUUUAAAUAUUUUCUCACUGUGUCUUAGUAACUAUUAAUCUUUUUCAAAUUAACAUUGCUUGCACUAAGAUCUUAAAUCAUAUUUCUAUCAAUGAUAAAAAUAUUUUGUAUUACAUUAAAAUAAAAACCAAUUUAAUCAACAUAUUCUACUUAUGUUUGUAUGUGAAGUUGAAAUUAAUCCCAACCCUCACAUGUUCCUUUUGCUAACGGACUUCUGGAAGGGAUUCAGUUCCUCACUUUCAUUUGGAGCGUCCCUACAAAUCCCCUUCCUGAAAUGCCCUUUAAGGGAGCAAAAAAAGUCGUUUGGAAUUCUCCAUUGGCUGACCUCUGAAUUCAGCCAAGACGCUCUGACAAGCUGGAUGCGAGUUGUUUAGAUUAUCAUUUUAAAACUAGAAAUAUUAUUGUUACAAAAACCCAUCGAUCUGCUUCAGAGGACAUGAGAUAACCCUUCCAAAGCCGUAUAGGUUAGUUUUACGAUGCAGUGCUUGUGGAUAUAUCAGAUUUACUGAGCUUUAAAUUCAUGGUCGCUGUCCGCCAGCAUUACCAAGUUUGGAA